AAUAAACGUCAAACACUAACCUCAAACAUCAAAAUGACAGUUUCUUAGAAUAUUACCACAAACGUUACAAAUAAUUAUUAUAAUUAAUGAAAUAUGCGUUUUGAAGAUCCUGAAAACUAGCCCAAAAUGGAUGACAGCAAAGGCACCCCCGAGAGUGAUUUCAGUAUUGAAUGUUUUCAAAACUACACAGCCCCCGAGGUCUUUAUUCAAGGCCUAGCUGGAAUAGUCGAUCAACAGGAUGUUGAAUCAAUGAUAAGAGCCCAGAAACAGAUGUUGCAAAGAUUCGAAAAAACUAAUGAGAUGCUCACUAAUUGUAAUGCGUUGAGUGCGAACCGGUUGAAAACCAUUGGACCUGAGUUUAAAAAACACACGCAGCUGUUGUUGGAGAUGAAAAAAGACUUGGAUUAUAUUUUUAAGAAAAUUCGCGUAAUUAAAACUAAGCUGUCAAGCCAGUAUCCUGAGGCAUUUGCUGAAGCUGUUAGGAGUAGUCUUGCAGAGGAGUGUGAAGAAGAUGAGGAUUUGAAUGAAAGCAGCGUUAAUAGUAAGAAGGAUAAUAGGCGGAGUCUUCAUUUGAAAAGCACUGAAAAUGUUGAAGUUGAAAGGAGGGCUUCUCAAUAAAAUUUUAGCUGGAAACUUAUUUAUUUAUUAAACUAUGAAGCGUA